AUGGGUACUGCUAAAUUUCUUAAAGGAAAAGGAGGAAAAACAUUCACUAUUAUAGGAACUCCUCAUUAUAUGGCUCCUGAGAUUAUUACAGGAAAAGGAUAUUCUUAUAAUGUUGAUUUAUGGUCUAUUGGAAUUUGCCUUUAUGAAUUCAUGUGUGGGGAAGUACCUUUUGCGGAAGAUGCGGAGGAUCCUUAUGAAAUUUAUGAAGAAAUUAUUAAAAAACCUAUUUCUUAUCCAGGAUCUUUUAAAGAUAAACCUACAAAAAAUAUAAUUAGUUAAUUACUUAAUAAAACACCAGAAUUAAGAUUAGGAGGUUCUUAUUCAGCUUUAAAAGCGAAUAUUUGGUUUGAUAAAUUUGAUUUUGAUAAAUUAAUGGAAAGAUAAUUAAAAUCGCCAUAUGUACCUCCGGCUAAUAAAUUAAUUUCUGAUGAAGAAUUUAAUAAAUAAGAAGCAUUAAAUAAUACUUUGAUUAAUGAACUUAAAAAAUAAAAUUUAUUAAAAUAUAAAAAGGAAAAAGCAGUGGAUCCUAAUUGGGAUAAUGAUUUUUGA